GCCGCCGCCGCGGCCCUGGCAGACUCUCGCGCCCAGCUGCCAGCUCCUCGAAACCCGAAGGUUCACCUGUACAAUGCCGAGCAGGUUCUGAGUUGGGAGCCGGGGUCGCUGAGCAAUGAUACAAGACCGGUGGUCUACCAGGUGCAGUUCAAAUACCCCUCUGACAGUAGGUGGUACGACACCAGGGACAUAGGCGUGGACUGUAUGAACGUCACCACGACGGAGUGUAACUUCACUCCAACCAGCCUGUCAAAUGGUUUCCCACCAUAUUUCAACGUCUCUUUACGUGUCCGAGCUAAGUUGGAGGACCUGGUUUCCCCAUGGCUGUCUGUGCCCUGGUUCCUGUACUACUGGAAUGGUAAGAGAACUUGGCUGUAAAACUUCUUGAUCAUUUAGGCUUUCUUCACUUUACUCCUCACUGAGCAGUAUGGAUUCCAUGCACCCCAGUCCUGUCUCUGACUCCGCAUAGCCAGCAAACAGGUGGGUAUGACGGUCAAACCCCAGGACCGAGCAUGGAGGCUGGUGCUGGAGGAGUGUGAUUUGCUAGACCAGGGGCUGGCAAACCACAGCCCGUGGGCCACAUCCAGCCCACCAGCCUGUUGUUGUAAAUAAAGUUUUAGCAGAACACAA